UCAAAAGGUGACCUGCAUCAUGGCGGCCACGCCGCUGCUGCGAGACCGUCUGAGCUUCCUGCACUGGCUUCCGAUUCUGCUGAAGGGAACGUCGGACGAUGACGUGCCGUGUCCGGGCUACCUGUUUGAGGAGAUCACCAAAAUCUCUCACGAGUCCCUGGGCAGCAGCCAGUGCCUCCUGGAGUACCUUCUGAACCGUCUACACAGUGGCUCUGGCCGCGUGAAGCUCAAGGUGCUGAAGAUCAUGCUCCACCUGUGUGGUCACGGCUCCUCUUCCUUCCUGCUCAGCCUGAAGGGCAACCCCGCCUUCAUCCAGGAAGCCGCAGCGUUCACAGGGCCCCCGGAUCCACUCCAUGGGACCAGCUUGUACCAGAAAGUGCGGGCAGCUGCCCAGGACUUGGGGAGCACCUUGUUCUCAGACACCUUGUCCCCACCGCCUCCCUCCCAGCCUCCCAGGGCCCUGCCACCAGCAGGCAUGGGCUCCCAGUCCAAGCCCCAGAGCGCCCUGCAGGGCUUCGGCUACAGCAAGGAGCGAGGCCACACAGGCUGUGCGGGUGAAGCCUUCCUCUCCACCAUCCAGAAGGCUGCGGAGGUGGUGGCCAAUGCCGUGCGCCCUGGGCCCGAGGGCCCCGCCGCCCAGGGGUCCCUGCUGCAGGGGGACACCUACCAGCCUGCUGUGACACCUGCAGCCAGCCAUGGCCACCGCACUCCUGGGAGCCUGCUCCCUGGAGCCAUCCUGGGCACCCGAGCCAUGAGACACCAGCCUGGCCAGGCCGGCGGGGGCUGGGACGAGCAGGACAGUGGCUCCAGCUCCCCCAGUUCUUCCCAGGAGAACGGCCAGAGCAAGGCCUCGGGCUCGGGCAGUCGGUCGGGCAGUGACAGCCCCUCGGGGGCCAGCCGGGCACCCAGCGACCUGGCCGAGAGGGUCGAGGCCUUGACCCUGAGCAGCUGCCAGCAGGAGCAGAGCCUGGUCCAGAGGGUGGCACAGGGGCCACGCGCCUUCCUGAGCCAAGAGGAGGCACAGAGUUUCGUCAGAGAGUGUGGGCGGCUCAACUGUGAGGUGGUGCUGGAGCUGCUGGUCCGACACCUGGGCGGGACCAGCGAGCACGUGCAGAUGAGAACCCUGGGCGCCAUUGCCUCCCUGGGCUGCACAGACCUGCUGCCCCCCGAGCACGUCCUGCUCCUGGCCCGGCCGCGCCUGCAGGAGCUCAGUGCGGGCAGCUCCGGACCUGUGACCAACAAGGCCACCAAGAUCCUAAGGCAUCUCGAAGCCUCCUGCCGACAGCGUCCCUCUGCCCGGAGGCCCCUGGCGGAGCCCAGCCCCGCCGCCGCCCACCUGGGCCCGUCUGACCUGCUGACGGAUGCCGUGCCGUUGGCCAGGGGCCAGGCAUUUCUCCAGCCUCUGAGCUCAGCCCUGUCACCCACGGGCCCUACAGCCCCUCUGGCCCUGGACAGGUCCCCCCUCUCAGUCCUUGGGGACACCGGGGAGGCUGGGACCAGACCGGCGGGUCCCGGAGAGCAGGAGACCAGAUCUGAACAGGGCCUGGUGGGCACGGACACUCCAAAUGGAGGGCCAGAGUUCGGCCCAGGCCCCAGCGGCUGCCUGUGGAGCCCAGAGGCCGGCGGCAGCCACAACUCCUUGUUUGCUGGCAUGGAGCUGAUGGCCUGGCCGCGCCUGGUGGAGACCGGGACUGCUGCAGAGGAGUCCCCCCAGCCCCCUCAGACAUCGUCACAGAGGCUGGCAGCCAAAGGGCCUCCGAGCUCAGAGCCAUCAGCUUUCACAUUCUUAAACUCCUGACCCAGGACCCCAUCCCUCCGCCCCCCAGUGUCUGCAUUGGCCUCUUCCCCUGACCCUGAGGCCUUGGUGCAGGGAGCUGCCCAGUCAGGUGAGCUCGGCGUGGAUGACCAUCCAGCAAAGGGCAGGAGCCCACGGACUGGCCAGGAGAGCAGCUCGAAGGACUGGCCGAGAGGGUGGGGCGCAAAGAGCCCCGCCGGUUUCUGGGCAGAAUCGAGCUGAGCUCUUGUUAAGAUGGGCAGCUGGCGGGCCCUGAGCUGCUGGGCCUCCGGCCUCACAGCCAUCUGGUCUGCCCACGUGAGCACUCUGUGCGUUUGGUUCCUCUGCAGACACUGUCGGGCCCUGGUGGGGCAGAGGGUGCCUGUGGUCUCCUGGAGGGCAGGGGACAGGAAGAGAGGCUGGGAUUGAGCUCAGGGGCAGGUGCUCCCUGAGCUGCCCCACGUUCACCCGCAGAGCACAGAACGGCACUCGGCCCCUCUGUGGGGACGUGUUGGGAGAAGAAGGCCCACAUGCAGGCUGAGCCCCGACCUUGGCACUCAGCCAGGCUGCCAGAGAGAGGACCCCAGGGCUGCCUUGGUUCUCCCCUCCCCCUCUUCCCACUAGAGGCUGACUGGAGGCCAUCAGUUCCUAAGGCAGCGGGCAGGAAGGUGGCAGGCUUUGGGGUCCUUGAGGAAACCUCCAUCUGCCUGGCCCUUAGGAACAAGGUUUUUGUGUGGAAUUUGAACCACAGCUUGGAUUUUUGUUUUUGAGCUCAGAAACCUCGCUCCACAAGUGGGGGGGCAUAAGCAGCCACACACCUGGGUGACCAGGGUGGGGUCCUGCCCAGGCCAGCUCCCUGUGUGACCCAUGUCAGCACCCUCUGCCAUGACUGCUGCCUGCAGCCUGCACAGGGUGGCCUUGCAGGGGCCCCGGGAUACCCCACGAGCCAGCCUGCUUUCUCAAGGCCCUUCUCUUCCUGCCUGUGUGUGAGUGGAGUAGCAGUAACAAGGGCACAUUAGGGCCGUCUCUCAGACCAGGGACAGGCGUUACUCCUUCCGUGUUUCGGAGAACUCCCAGUAGAACUGUUGGUCCUGUGAUUUUCUUAGUUGCACGGUUUAUUAACGUUGAAAUCCAAUUUCGUAAGUAGAUAUAGGACUAUUGGGUUACAUACGUGUGAGUUUCAGGUACUUGUAUUUUUUAAGGAAUUAGUCCGUUUCAAGAAAGUUGUCAAAUGGGCCUUUCAAUUUCUGUAGGGUCUGUAAUGAUGUCCCAGCUUUCAUUUCCGUUACUGGCCAUCUUUCCUGUGUGUUGGUCAGGCUAACUAGAAGGUUUUUAAUAUCACUGGUGUUUUCAAAGAACUUCUGGUUUUAUUUUUCUACGGUUUUUAUGUUCAGUGGCUUGGUGUUUAUAUUUUGUUUUCUAGUUCUUUAAGGUGGGAGCUUAGAUUAUUACCUGAGACCUUUAUUCUGUCCUAAUAUAGGCAUUUCCGUGCUCUAAGUUUUCCUUUAUGCUGCUUUGCCUGGAUCCCAUGAACUUUUAUUUUUAUUCAGUUCAAAAUACUAAUUUCCCUUGAGGCUUCCGUUUUGUCCAGUGGGUUAUUUAAGGGUAUGUUUUUCUGCUAUUACUGUUUUAAUCGAUAUAGUAAGAUAAUGUUUUGUAUGACUUAAAUUUUGUUGUUAAAAAUUUCAGACUUUUGCUCAAGUUUGUUUUAUGGGCCAGGCUUUAUGGUCUGUGCUGGGGAAUGGUCCAUGUACCCUUGGUUUAGAACAUAGAUGGAAAAAAAAAAAAUCUUAACAAAAUA